GUGCUCGUGCAGACAGCUCCAGCACAAACUGCUGACAGUCUCCUCUGUGCAAUUUUUUCUCUGGCAGCGAACCAAACAGCAGCAGGAGAUGUGCACACAGACCGCAGGCUAAACAGACAACAACAACAAGGUGUUUUCUUCUUUGAAUUGCGCACGACAGCGUUUUACAAACAAGCAAGUUCUUCUUUUUCAGUUGAAAAACUUUUUGCACGGAGCUUACGGAGACAAAAUGUCCCAUGAACACUUGCAGGGACGGUAACGAUGAUAAGACAACCAGAACUACAAAAUUUUAACAGGUUAUUCCUCGUUUCCUUCAUACAUUACAAAAGACCGUCAGUCGCUGGGCAAACCCUCCAUUUCAUGCGGAACCUAAUUGGAGACGUCACCGUGUCAUCACACUCAACACGCGCCCUCGGCCGGAGUAGUAAUGCAGCGCGAGCGCCUGCUCAAAGUCUUGGUAAUCGGUGAUCUUGGAGUCGGUAAAACGUCCAUCAUAAAGCGCUACGUGCACCAGGUGUUCUCCCAGCAUUACCGCGCCACCAUCGGAGUGGACUUCGCCCUCAAGGUGCUCAACUGGGAUCACAAGACGGUGCUGCGGCUGCAGCUGUGGGACAUCGCCGGUCAGGAACGCUAUGGCAACAUGACCCGAGUGUACUACAGAGAGGCUGUAGGGGCUCUCGUCGUCUUCGACAUGACCAGACUGUCCACGUUUCAGGCUGUCCUCAAGUGGAAAGGAGACCUAGACUCAAAGGUCGCCCUUAGCAACGGGACGCCGGUUCCAGCUGUUCUAUUGGCCAACAAGUGCGACCAGCGGAGUCACGGUUUGUGCCCCAAGCUGCCCAAACUGGAGAACUUCUCCAGAGAGUACGGCUUCGUCGGCUGGUACGAAACCUCUGCCAAGCCCUUCACCUCCAUCUUCUCUCUCCAGGACAACACCAACAUCGAUGCCGCCAUCAUGUGCUUGGUGAAGAGCAUCAUGACUCUGGAGGAUGAGAGAGCCGCGAGUGAUGCUAUCGCUGUCGAAGGCAAAAGCGAACCAGUUCUGGUUCUGCCUCGCUUCGACUACAAUGCCAAAGAGAAGGGACUCAGUGGGUGUUCAGGAUGCCAGUCGCUUAAAACCAAAGACACGAGCAACGACUGAUGGAGGGCGGGAUGGACAGGUUUGAACCAAGAAAGGAGAUUUAUUGAAAGAUUAAUAUUUGUCACUUAAAGAGGCAUCUCCUUUCUGCCCUUCUUUUCUCGUCAAAAAAGCAUUAUUUUUGAGAUGUUAGUUGGGAUUUUUCAGAAAACUCCAUAAUAUAAUAUUGUAAUUAUUGUAUUUAUAUAACAGAAAUUGAGCAAAAUAUGACUCCAGUUUUGUUAAUAAAGAUAUUUAAAGAUUUUGCUAACAGUACAACAACUAUUUUUAAGGUUUUAGACAGCUCUAUUUUACAAUGACUUCAUGUUUUAUAAUGGCCUGUUGAAAGUCAUUUCACUUGUGAAUAACAGAUUGAAAACUUCUUGUAAAGCAAUUUUAUAUUCAUAAAAGUGCACCUUUAAUCUCUCA